UGCGAGAACACAUAUGUGCAUGAGGACACGGUGCAGAGAAGUAGUAGAAGAAGAGGAAGAAGAAGAAGAAGAAGAAGAAAAAGAAGAAGAGGCGCCGAGAUCAUGUCUCUGGAUGGGAAGGUGGCGCUGGUGACCGGAGGCGCUCAGGGCAUCGGCAGAGCCGUGGUCAAGCUACUACUGGAGAGCUCGGCUAAGGUGGCCGUGGUGGACCUGAACGAGGCCGGCGGCGAGGAGUGCAAGGUGCAGCUGGACGCCGAGUUCGGAGAGGGUCGCUGCGCAUUCAUCCAGUGUGACGUGUCCAACGGAGACGCUCUGAGAGAAACCUUCCAGAGGACCGUGGACCAGUUCGGUCGCCUGGACAUCGUCAUCAACAACGCCGGCAUCAAUAAUGAAAAGGACUGGGAGAAGACCAUACAAGUCAACCUGGUGAGACGACACAACAACGACCUACUGCUAUGCAAGAAAAAAGAAAGAAAGUGUUUUAAAAUAAGGAAUAUACAUGUUAUUACUAAUACUGUGUGGUCUUCUGACGGUGUCAGUGGGGGGCCUUUGAGGGGAGGGGUCUUUUUAUUCUUUCUUUAUUAGGAUCCCCAUUAGUGGUCGCUAGUCUUUCUCUGGUCCAUACAACAAAUUCAACAAAAAAAACAGACAAAGGUUAAAAUUGUACUAUAUAAAUAAAACAGAAAACACAUAACAGAUAAAAUAUAAGAAUCAACAAGUAAGUGAAGUCACUCUGAAGUCAAACAACAAAAUGAUAAAUUUAUACUUACCUACAGUCGGGCUGCACUAUUCUGUGCAAUCUGAAAUUUUAGUUAAUUAAGUCAGUGAUUUUAACAGCUCAAGGUGAGUCUUUUAUGAAGAUAGAAAAUAAAAGUGGACCCAAACUACUUCCCUGCGGAACUCCGCAAGGUAUGUUCACGUUGGCAAAAAAUGUGCCGUUAAAAAAGAAAUGUUCAGCCAAAGAAGCAUCCUACAGAUACAGUUUGAUCAGUUUGAGAUGUGGUGAAUUUGAAGACCGGGGUACUUGGUCUGGUCUAGGUGGGUGCUACAUGUCUAAGUAACAUCGACAUGAAUGAAUCCCAAAAAAAAGAAAAAAAAAAGAAAAAUUAAGAGACAUAAAACAUCUGUAACAGCUAUGUAAUAUAUCACAUAUAUAUCACACAACAGUAAAUAUAUGUGGAGGUCAGAGAACCCCCAGCUUUCUCUAAACAAUAUUAAGCAAUAUUUGUGACUUUACCAUCAAUACUGACACUAAAUCAACGAAUUACAUUUUGUUUUUAAUACGUUCACAGAUGAAAAGGAGGAGAAUUGAUUGUUCCACUUGUCUUUGUUCAUCUGAAAAAUGUAAGACCUAUAAAAAAAAAACAAGUUUAUUAAGAAUCACACAGGCCUUGAUAUCAGAUAUUUUAUCUUCGUUAUAUCUUUGCAGAAAUGCGUUUCUUCGACUCUUUUCUAAAGUCUCUGAAGGUAAUGGAGUGGUCACGACCUGAGUUUAUAUCAGAAUGAUCUGAGACAGAAGAAGAAGUCAGACAUUCCUGGGGAGCAGCCGUAGAGAGAUAACAGUCAUUGAUG